ACUAUGUGGAUAGAACGUACCACCUAUACAACCGCCUACUCUUUCCCUGGAAUCCUCAAAUGGUUUGAAGUCAAGCAAGUCACUAUGGAGGAAAUCAGCCCCUUGGAGAACGCCAUUGAAACCAUGGAGCGGACAAAUGAGAAGAUCAGUAACUGCGUGCAACAGCAUGCUUGGGACCGAGCCCUGCCUGUCCAUCCUCUCUCCAUGCUCUUGAAUGGCAUUGUGGAUCCAGCAGUAAUGGGUGGUUAUACCAACUACGAGAAGGCCUUUUUCACUGAGAAAUAUGUUCAGGAACACUCUGAAGAUCAAGAAAAGAUUGAAUUACUCAAGCAACUAAUUGCCCUACAGAUGCCUUUGCUGGCUGAAGGGAUUAGAAUCCAUGGGAAGAAACUGACCGAGCAAUUGAAGCCUCUUCAUGACAGGCUAACCUCUUGCUUCAAGGAACUGAGAGAGAAAGUGGAGAAGCUCUACGGUGUGAUCACCCUG